UAAAAUUCAAGGGGGUGGAUAUCAAAGUUGUGUGAAAAUUAUCACGCUUUAUAGAUGACUGUAUACCAUUUAGUGAGAUGGUGAACAAUGUGUGUCUAUAAAUAGACAGUUUCACUUUGAUUUGGAUAAGGAAGAAAAAUUUGUGUAUAAAGAGAGGUAUCAAAACACACAAUUUCUUUCAACCCUUUGUUCGAAAGAAAAAUGUAAUUAACAAAGGCCAAUAAAAACAUUUCGUCCGUCGAUAUGCAUCCUUUCAUGAAUACGUGUAAAGUUUCAUACACAGUAUGGUAUAAAUUCACUGUACUGGAUUGAAAUAUAUCGAGGAUUUAAUUAAAGAGUAAAGUAUAACAUUUCAGAAGAAAAAAAAUGUCCGAAUCUGAGGUGCCUCCGAACAGACCUUUGUUAACAUUAUCUGUGCUUGGUUCAUGUCUAGUAGGAGUUGUUGUGCAGCUGCUUGCUUUUAUAUACCUAUUUCAAGAUUUGUGUGAUAAUGUUCCCGACGACAGGGAGUAUUGUAAAGUCAUUACAGACAAUAGCUCGGAUAAUAUAAACAAAACUGAUAAUGUUACCGCAGAUCCUGAAGGUCUUCCUUACUACAGAGGAUACCGGUCAGUUGUAGGGGUCGUGUUAUUCACUGAAAUCUUUACUAUCUUAAAAGUAAGCUGUAAAAUCUACUGCUGUGUUAAACUUGCUGUCUGUAUAUAUCCGAAGUGUUUUGGUGUCUGGGAAGACUGUCGUUGCUGUGGAAAAUGUUGGUAUGUCAUGGCGACAGUAAAUGUUGUGUUCAAUAUACUUGGUAUAAUUUCUGUGUGUAUGGCAGUCCCAUUCAGUGAUAUGAUGAAUUAUAUUGUUGGAUUUAGACUUGGAUUUGGAAACACUUUGUUUGGAGUGGUAAAGCUUGCAUGUUGGACCGGAUAUUCAAUAUACAGACACAGUUUUUGCCCAGACUCCCACUAUUUUCUUGGAUCAAACCGAAGGCUGUCAGGAUGUAAAAUAACUGUAACAGUCGUACACGAGACAGUUACAACCAUUCGUACAAUCUAGUUGUUUAUAAUCAGACUCAAUGUCCUUUAACUUUGAACUUAAAUAUUUAAGAAAGGAUGGUGUUUUAAAUAUAUUUUCUCAGUAUUCUUCUAUCACAGUCGACAGUUGUUCACAUGCCUAUCUAUCUGUCCAUGUCAUCCUUGGUCAAUAUUUCGAAAGCUGUGUAUUGUAGAAAGUGAUAGUUACAAGCAAACGACAUCAGAGAUCCGUCUUAUAUGCGACAUGACUUUUGGACACACACAUUCAUUUACUUUGGGCAUAUACGCCACAUUUCAUGGAAUAGCACUGACGUAACGUGUCACAUUGAAGGCUCCAUGAUAAAUGCCAUAUGAACACAUCUGUGGAGGUUUCUACAUUCAUUCUGUUUUCCUGAUGACGUUUAAAUUCAGCUGCAAAUAUAAAAUACUUAUUUCAAAUAUUAUAUAGAAAAAAAACUUUUAGCAUUAGAGGUUAAAAUAUUGGUUCAACAAACUUUGUUAAAAUGCUUGUUUUAUUAGAAUCUUAGUCGGGUUGCUACAGGGGUCAAUAAAAUUGCCAUAAGUUCAAAUGGAAAUCCUUUUAACAGACCAAGUUGAUACUCUAUUAAGAAUGUAAGGUUUGUAAAUAUAUGAUAUUUGGUCAAAGAUUUGGUCAUUAGGCCAAAUAGUACUAUAAAUAUCAAGAAGUCCGUUUUGAUUUUAGAUUAAUAACCUAGAUUUACAAGGGGACAAAAAUUAGGUUACCAGGCCAA